UCACUUGAAUUUCGCCGUAUUCGUAUUCGUAGCGCAGCGUCGCGGUGUAUUUGUUUGUGGUUGUUUUGCAUUUUAUGUUCGGUUCACUUUGGAAUUUUGCGCGAUGCGGCGGUGAAAAGUAAUUUUCUCAUUGGCAAUACAAAAUGAGGAUUUUUCUAAAUUAUUUGAUGUGUAAAUGGCAUAGAAAAUCAGAAAAUGUUAUCACUUGACACAAUAAAAGAGUGAAGAAAAGAAAUAAAAAGGGGAAUUUUAAUUUGAAAGAAAACUGAAUUUGGUAAGACGAGCAGAACAAAAGGCUUUAAAUAUUUUGCGCGCCCUUGAAACCGUGCGCGCAGUGGCAAAAAUUUCAAAGAAGUGUGUUGAAAGAAGUGGUUCAGUACAAUUUGUGGUGCUAAUAAUAUAAGUGAGAUUUUAAAGAAAAUAAUAUUUCUUUUUAAAAUAGCAAUCUUUCGGUAAAAAUUGUGUUACUUUUAAACCAGGUGUUUGUUGCUUUCCCCAAAGUUACGAGUAUUUUCCAUUGCCGUUCGAUCAACAGCUGCAAACCCAGUUAUGUGUACAACGUACGCUGGUGUUUGCGCAUUUUAAAAUUUACAUUUAUGGAAUUUAGUUGAAUUAUUGAAGUUAAGUGCUGAUUCCAAUCCAAAAUUACCUGACCUCUCUGCGAGAAGGUUAGCAAUUUAACAAAUUAUAUACAUAAAAUAGCUGGAAUAUUAAAAAAGUUAUAUGGACGCAAUGGAAACUAUAGAUGAACAAUCUAAAAGUGAAAUGUCAAUUUCACCUUCACCCUCGCCUGAGAAUCUGAGGAUCUGUCUGGUUGGCGAUGUCGUUAACGAUACAGAAACCGUGGAGGCUGCGCGCUGUUUUAAUGUUCCUGUCAUCACCUCCGAGAAUGGCUUGGACGUGCUCAACGACUAUGAGUGGCGCACCUUCUUUGUGCUGAAAGAUUUCGAGGGUCCCAUAUACGAUGCGAUACACAGAAAUAAACAGUGCAUUUUGGGUCCACCUGCCUUGAAGCAUGCUGCCGAAUCUAAGGAUGGACUCAUACGCAACGCGCGACCCGUUUACAAUUACUCAAUGCGCGGCGUGGUGACGUGUUUUACAGGCAUACGCAAGAAGGAUGAGUUGACGCGUCUCGUCAAUCUCAUACAUUCGAUGGGCGGUUGCAUACGCAAAGACAUGAAUUCCAAGAUCACACAUCUAAUUUGCAGUCACAGCGGCGGCGAUAAGUAUCAAUAUGCGAAAACAUUUCGUUUGACCGUGGUGCGACCGGCCUGGGUUUAUGCCGCUUGGGAGCGACGCGACGAACUGCAGUUUCGUGCGACGACCGAUGAUUUUUCGCGCGAGCAUAAACUGAAAGCAUUUGAAGGUCAGAAGAUUUGCUUCUUCGGCUUCCCCGCCGACGAGCAUCAACACAUGGUCGAUGUGCUGCUCAGCAAUGGGGGCGUGCCGGCGGAGUUGGAUGAUCCCGAGUGUUCGCAUGUCGUCAUGCCUAAUACUGGUGGUUAUUUUCUCGAAACCAUGACUAACACUUGCAAUUCACCCAAGCCCCAGCCCAUAAUAACUAACCCACAAUCCCAUCCCCAACCAUCAACACCAAAGCGUCUCUACAAAACUGAAACCGUUGAGACGACGUCGACACAAAAAUCAACGGAAGCCAAUAGUGAAGCAGCCGCAUUGGUUGUGACAAUGCCGCCAAGCGUAGCCAUUGAUAAGACUGAAGGAAAGAGUGUAAAUGAAAAGGAGCCUGAAAAGAGAAUAGCAACUGCGAACGCCGAUUGCCAAAUGGAUGUGGAUGAUGCGUGUUCGACGGAGCAGCUCGUUGACACACCUGAAGCAGAGGACUUUGUUGACCCUGAUAAUAAUGUUGAUGAUGGUAAUGAUGAUGAUGAUGAUGACGGUGAUUACUUUGAUGAACGCCUGGUCGUGGACUAUGAUCGAAAUAAGGCGCUGCAACAUGGCUCGCCGCUGCCCGAAGGCGUCGAUAUAGACGAUCCCGAAGAUGCGAUGCCAGUCGGGCAGCAGAAUGCCAGCACGCCACAGAAGCCGCCAGCACCAACAGCUCUUGCAACGCCGUCCAAGUAUGACAUUAAUGCUAAUUCGAGUGGAGCGGAGUUGGAAACAGAAAAUGUUAAAUCCUUAACGAGUGAUGACCUCAAUGAAAAUGCAAGCACACCAAUAAAAACAACAAACGUUACAGCUGUUGACAAUGCAGACCCUAAUAAAAGCACCACUGACGGUAUUAUACUCACGAAAGAGACGUUUCAUAAUCCAAAUAAUAUUUCGCCCAUAUUAAAUGCAAUGCCAGAGGCAACGGUGACCGCUGCAAAACCCACAAGUACUUUACAAAUACCAAAUUUGAUAGUCACUGCCAACUCAUCGCCCGAAAACGAGCCGUCUCCGAUGGAGGUUGAGGCGGAGGCGUACGACAUGAACGCCGACGUUGAAGAAGAAGAUUUCGGCGGCUUGAAUGAGUUGAAGCGCAAACGCGAAAGUUUCGAUAGCAUUUCACUAAUGUCGGUGGAAUCUUUUGCGCUGCCGAAUAGUACGAAAAAACCGAAACUCUUACGUACCGGCUCCAUAACACGUUCUAUACGCCGUUCGAUGAGCUUUGUCGCCGUGCGCACACCCAUCUCGAAAAUGUUGCGUCCACGUCGCAGUUCGGUGGCGCUCGAUGGUGCACCUAACGAUGAAGAUGGCUGCAAUGCGGAUGAUUCCUUCUGCUCAAUCGCUUCUAUAGAGAGCACUUUCAACGAAUCGAUACGUAAGCCGGUUAAGGAGAAAUUUCGGAGUCUACGCAAUCGCAUAACGCGCAGCAGCAGCAAAAAAGACAAACAUAAUUUGCAUUCGCAGCCGAUUACGCCGGAGAAGGAUGAGAAAUAUGAGCGUGAAAUGCCGAAUAGUGGCUUCAAGACACCCAAAGCACCGGCGAAAUUCCUCAGCGCCGCCGCAAAGGCAAUUGGCACACCAAAGUCGUUCGCCAAACAUGCGCUACUCUCCGCAUCAUCGCCCUCAACAUCAACAUUGGCAUCAAAUAAGCUGGCAAGUGCUGGCUUGGAAUGUUCUAAGUCGCCCAUUGCAGCUGCAGUUGUGCCGCCGUCAGUUGAUACCCCCACAGCUGCCACUUACAUAACACCUGCUACCUUGUCAUUGCCGCAUUCGCCGCCGCCUAUGCAAAAUUCAAAGUUAAUAGCUAAUCAGGAAAUCAUCCAGCAAAAUACGCAACUUCAUGCUCCGGCUCAAGCUCAAACGCUGGAAAACGUUCAGUGUAAACGCGAACUUAUGCAAAGCGCUGCCGUCGGACGUUCUUUAAUGGUUGUUGAUGAGCACACCACACAAGCCAAGCCAGAGCUGAAAAAUCACCGCACACAUAUUCUCAAGUCCGAUUGGUUCUGGUAUACCAUACAGAAUGGCUACGCGGACGAGAUGGAUUACCUCUUCGGCGAUUAUUUGGACAGUAUUGCGAAUACGCCCAAUACCGAUCGUCGUGAUUCACUGCCCAUCAGUUUUAAUAAGCGGAAACGGAAACGUUUUUCACAACGCAUACAAUUCGAAGGCACACCAAUCGGGUCGGGCAAGCGUCGUUCGUCCGUCUCGGAUGCCGGUCUUUUGUCGGUGUCGGGUAGCUUCUUCGAUUGCACCACCAGCCCGGACAAGUUGGAGGCUGGCAAGUUGCACAACGAAGUGCAUAUUGAAACGCCAACAGUUUGUGAAUCGACGCCGGCGAAGAAAUCGAUGCGUUUCAAUCAUUUUAUGGACUUCUUCAGCACCGAGUCCAACUAUGUGGGCAUAUUAGACACAAUAGUGAAGCUCUUCAAGAAUCCACUCGAGGAAAUUGCGGAAACCAACGACGCUCUACUCAAUAAAUCCGAGAUCAAAUCGAUCUUCAACAAUUUUCUGCCUAUACACGAAGUGCAUCAGUGCAUGCUGGAGAGUUUGCGCGCGAUACAGGGUAAAUGGUCGGAGGAUUGUUUAAUUGGUGAUAUCAUAUUGCAGCAUCGUGAUGAGCUAACGAAGGCGUAUCCACCGUAUGUGAACUUUUUCGAACAAAUGAAGGAAACACUGCAACAAUGUGAUAGUCAAAAUCCACGUUUCCAUGCGUUUCUAAAAAUCAAUCAAACAAAACCGGAAUGCGGUCGGCAGAGCUUGCAGGAUCUAAUGAUACGCCCCGUGCAAAGACUGCCGAGCAUUAGUUUGUUGUUGAACGACAUUUUAAAGCACACAAACAAAAACAAUCCCGACUAUGUUAAACUUGAGCAGGCACUCAAAGCCAUCAAGGAGGUCAUGAUGCAUAUUAACGAGGACAAACGGAAGACGGAAUCGCGCAUGGCGAUAUUUGAUAUCUUCAAUGACAUUGAAGGUUGUCCGGCUCAUUUAGUUUCCUCGAAUCGUAGUUUCAUUUCCAAGUGCGAAGUAACGGAACUCUCUGAUAAUCUUAGCGGUCGUGGCGAUACGCUCAUGUUGUACUUAUUCUCCGACACAAUAGAGGUGUGUAAAAAGCGUUCGCGUGCCUUCAAUACGGCGAAAUCGCCGAGCUCUACAAAAUCACACAAACACGUGAAGUUGGUGUCACUGAAUGCGAUACGUUUUGUCAUUGACAUCACCGACAGUCCGCGCGCUUUCGCCUUACUUUGCCGCCAAGAUAAGGAGAAGCUCUUCUCGUUCACCAUAACCGAUGAUGAAACGGAUAAGGUGGUGUAUUUGAAGUUGCUGUGCAAGCAGAUGGCGGAGAACGCUUGUCGCACGGACACGGUCAGCGCAUUACUGAGUCGCACCUCACAGGAGUUGGAAGUGGAUAUCAGUGAUGUGAAUUUGAGCACUUUGUCGAAGGCGUUCAAGUUGGCGGCGCGUACGCGUCAAAAGGUGGGCCGUGCAUUUUCAUUUAACAAAACUCCCUCGAAACUAAAGCGAGCCGUCUCCACGAUGAUGACACCCCCCUUUGGCAGCACAAACUCAUUAACGCCCGCCUCGCAACUGGCGCAAAUGCGUUUGGCCAGUUGUGCAAAUAUACACGAGGCGGUCGAUGAGGAGGGUAACCGCAGCAGUUCACCUUCAGCUCAAUCGGAAAUAUUGCUGCCACCACUUUCCGUGCAACCGAUGCGCAAAAAUAAGUCCUCGACGAUGGGUGUUGUGGGGCGUCUUUAGGCAUUGCAGCUGUUGAGCCGGUGAAAUGCAUAAAGAAACUGUUUCGAAUUUGUUUACAAAGCUGCAGCAGCGUUUGAGGAAUGUUGUUGAAUAGCGGCCGUUGUUCGCUACUCGCUUAAUUGCUAAGCAUUGUCGUGCAUUCAGCGCUACAUCGUACAAAAUUAUACUCGCGUUGGUAAACCUAACCUAUAAUUGGCUGUCUAUGUUCGAUUAUAGACGCUGCAUUCUAAGCAAACUUUUGGCAAAUUUCACAAUGAUUUCAACAGCAGCUGUGUAACGUUUCACCAUUAUCAGCUUAUACGAAGCGUUACUUUAGCACUGCAUGUAAUGUGAUGUUUAUAAUGGGUAGACUAAGCCCUUUCGUAUGUGUUUUUUAUGAAACAAAAAAUCAAAAGCAACAAUAAUCUGUUUAAUCUGCUCAUUUCGGUACGUUGUGGUCCUGUACGAUUUCCAACUGAAAUGUAAUGGAAUUAAAAAAUAUAUACAUAUAUAUUGCAAACGUGUGGCCACAUUUCAGAAAAAUGUCUCGCAUCUGCAUAUAAAUAUAAGAUUUUCAUAUGAAAUUGUCUGUAGCUUUUUAUUAAUUAGCAUAUGUAUGUAUGUAUUUGUCGUGUUUGACAUUGUAAAUAUAUAUGUAUGUAUAUACGUCAACGAAUAUCGUGUUCGGUUAUAAUUUCGUUUUAAGGAUUGCGCAAAACCCUCCAUCAUCUUACUUUAAUCUAAUUUUAACAAUAAUACAUAUUACAUAAUUUAAUUUAUAUGAUUACGAAAUAUA